CCUGGUUGUUGAAGGCGGCGCUCCCGCGCUGUGGACACUCGGCCGCGGAUCCCCACAGUCACCAGACCCGGGGCCCCGACACCCUGAAGCCCGCUCACCCCGAAGGCGGGAGCCCGCGGGAGGGUGACCGGGUGGGGGAUGGCCAGGUACUUGGUGAGUCGCUCGGACGUGCAUCAGUUUAUUGAACGCUGCGUGAAAGCAGUGGGAGCCCAGAGCAGCCAUGGCUCAGCAUUGGCUGAUGUCUUGGUAGAGGGAGAUUAUCGAGGGCAUUACAGCCAUGGACUCAACAGGCUUGAUAUAUAUUUGAAAGACCUGAAGACUGGAAUCUGUGCCAAGGAUGGAGAACCUUUAAUUGACAAGUCAACAGUGGCUACAGCAUUGGUCAAUGGCAAUAACCUGAUAGGGCCUGUGGUAGGCAAUUUUUGCAUGGAUCUGGCUAUUAAAAAAGCCAAAGAUGUGGGAAUCGGAUGGGUGACAGCUUAUGGAUCUAAUCACUACGGCAUUGCAGGAUUUUAUUCUAUGCAAGCACUAAAACACGGUUUAAUUGGAAUGACUUGCACUAAUACCUCUCCAGUGGUAGUGCCAACCAGAGCAACCAAGUGCACUCUGGGCACCAAUCCUAUUAGUGUUGCUGCUCCAGCCCUGAAUGGUGACAGCUUUGUGCUGGACAUGGCUACAUCAGCGGUGGCCCUAGGAAAGAUAGAAGUGCAGCAAAGACGUGGAGAGAUGGUUCCAAAAGGAUGGGGCUGCAAUUCCAAAGGCAAAGAUACCACUGAUCCAACAGAGAUUCUGAAGGGUGGAGGGCUACUGCCUCUGGGAGGAGCUGAGGCCACAAGUGGUUAUAAAGGAUACGGACUGAGUCUGAUGGUGGAAGUAUUCUGUGGCAUGCUGUCAGGAUCUCAAUACAGUAAAAACAUUCGUCCCUGGAAGGAUACCAACAAGGUGGCCAAUCUGGGACAAUGUUUCGUUGCCAUAAAUCCAAAUUGCUUUGCUUCAGGUUUUGAGGAAAGAAUGUCAGACUUACUUAAGAUACACAGAACACUGGAACAAAGUGAACCUGGCCUUUCUGUCCUGACCCCUGGAGACCCAGAAACCCUACACAUCAGAGAAUGUGAACAACAAGGUGGCAUUCCCUAUCACGUCAAUGUUGUCGAUUUCAUGAACUCUGUUGCAAAGGAUCUUGGAGUUGACCUGAUCCCAACCAAUCGUACAAUUGAUCCCUGAGCACUUGGUUCUGGAAGUUGCAUGGGUCAAUCAGCAAGGAGUGGCUUCAGGACUCACUAACCACGCACAACACCUCAGGAUUAUAUCGUUUGCAUUUUAGCUCAUUGUUUAAUGUUGCAAUUUCAGUUGGGUAGAGAAAAAUUUUAACUCCUUUUGAAGUGUUUCUUAUGCGAAAACAUUCUUCCUCAGCAGAGCAUUAUAGAUGCCCACAAGUCUGAGCCCACACUUGGUUGGUUUAAGGCUGGGACAUGAAUUGAUGGAUCAGCAAAUCUUUGGGGCUUCAUUGGUAUUUUAAAGCUGUGGCAAUAUUUGAAUAUGAAUUAUUUUAAUGGAGGUAUUUUAUUCUGGGAUUUGGGUUUGAAAUUAAAGCUUCUACAUUUUCUAUAAAAGAUGUUGCUUACGGUUUCAUCUGUCCUCAUGUCACAAAAUGUUGAUUGUCAGCUUUUACUGAGUGGGUAGCAUUCUCACCAAUGGAUCCAACAUGUCAUUGGUUCAAGCCUCAACCCACAGUAGUAAGCUUAUACUCUGGGCCGAUAGUCCUUGUAUGUGUUAGAGGGAAAGUUACACUCUUGGACAGUCAGUACAGAGUCAGUGUUGCAUGUUCAG